CGCUUCCCCUCCGCUCCUCACCUCUCGUUGAUACUUCGCUGGCCGCUGCACAAGGACAGAACACAAAGAAGAAGCCAUGAGGAACACGCUGCUGAGGAUGCUGGCCGCCCUGAUGUGUGUGAUGGGGGCCUGCGCCCAAGUCUCGCCUGUGGAGGACUUUGACCUGGAUAAGAUGGCAGGCAAGUGGUUUAUUGUUGGCUUUGCCAGUAAUGCCCAGUGGUUUGUGAACCACAAGGCCGAGAUGAAGAUGGGCACCGCUAUGGUGGUGCCAACCGCAGGGGACCUGAACCUCUCCUAUGCCAACCUGAAGUCAAGCCGACGGUACUGCUGGAGAAUGACUCACCUGGCAAACAAAACCGACACCCCCGGGCGCUUCACCUUCCACAGCCAGAUUUGGAACAACGACAACGACAUGCGGGUGGUCGACGUCGUGUACGACGACUACGCUCUGGUGCACACCAUCAAGACGAAAGAAGAGGCGGUCGAGGUCCUCGACAAGCUUUACAGUCGCACUCCUCAGGUCAGUGAUGUCCUGCAGCAGAAGUUUACCCAGCUGUGCCUGGCCAACGGCAUCCUCCCCGACAACAUCGCCAUCUUGCCUCAGAAUGGUGAGUGUGCCGAGGCCUGAAGAGCGCCCCUGCUGCGCCCACCCUUCGCCCACGGGAAUCACAUUGUUCCUGCUGGCUGUCAUUUUUGCAUCAUCUCAAAGCUUCACUGGAGACAGUGAAACAUCAGCAUUUCACUUACCAAAGACCAAUUCGGAUCAUAGCUCAGGCUUCGCUUCCUCGCCCUCGCAUUAGCUGUGGCAUCAGAGUGGCACUAACGAGAGCUCGUAGUGAAACAAAGGGAAGGAGAGAAACACCACAGACAUAUUUCGUGCUGUUUUGUGAUUUGUUGAUAUCAACUCAAAAUCAAUAAAAACAUCGAAUCCAUA